UUCUUAACCAUUUAUUUCAUUCGAGAUUAAGAACUUUUUCUUGCUUAAAAGAAAAUGGCGACUCGUGUCAGAAGAAAUGCUCUAUUUUUCUUGACUCUUCUCUUUUUACUGUCUGUCUCCAAUCUCGUCCAGGCUGCUCGUGGUGGUGGCAAACUCCGCCCACAAGAAUGCAACUCCAAGUGUAGCUACCGUUGUUCGGCAACAUCACACAAGAAGCCAUGCAUGUUCUUUUGCCUCAAGUGCUGCACAAAAUGUCUUUGUGUUCCUGCAGGCACUUACGGCAACAAACAAAGUUGCCCAUGUUACAACAAUUGGAAGACUAAAGAAGGCCGUCCAAAAUGUCCUUGAAACUGCUUCUUAUAUAUACUUGAUCAUAUCUAGUUUCGUAUCAAUUAAUUAUGUUGUUUAAACCUGUUUUCUACAACUUGGUAGGAAUUUAAAACCAAAAAAAAAAAAAAAAAAAGUGGUAGGAAUUCUAUUUGUCUUUAUAGUCUUUAUCUUGUUAUAUCUUUUGCUCUUUUUUGUUGCUGUUGUUGCGUUUACAAGCGCAAGUCAGCCCCAUGUAUGAUCAAACAUUAGUAAAGAAGACUAAAGAUUAUCUAAA